ACAUAUAUAAAAGAGCACCAUCUGCAGAUGGAUUUUAAAGAUAAGGAUCCCUGCCUUGCAUUCUGGUGCCAGAUCAACGUUGAGCUAGCAUUCUGAUUUAAAAAAAGCCUAGUUAUGAAGUUCUAUACAAUGGAAUCGAAAGUUGUCACUGCAAAGGAAAGAUUGGGUUCUUCUCUCAAAAGAUAUGGAGCAAUACAGAUACUUCUUGGCCUAGGUUGUUUGAUCAUGACAUUCGUUUCAAUAGGAAUCGACAAGAAAGUUUGUGACAACUUGGGGAAGAAAGAGCAUGUCAUAACAAAUGCAACUAUACCUACCUUCUCGUUUGAUAAGAAAACCAUUAUGCUCGGACUUGAUGGAGGAUCCUUGGUAUCUGCUGUCUGGAUUGUUGUCACAGGAGUUAUCCCAGCUUAUAUGGCAAGAAAUGCAGACUACAGCUUGAUUAAAACUAAAGUGGUUUUCAUGGUUUUUAGCAUUAUGGCAGCAUCAUUGUUCGUACCCAUCAUCGUUGGUGCAGCAAUUACUAACUUUGUACUGCGUGAUAGCCACAGGGAAUUGCUUGUCAUAACUGGUCUUAUAUCCCUUUUAGAAUUCCUUGUGUCCUUUGCUGCCUCAGUCUACUGCUGUGCAUCGCCAUGGGCUCCGUGCAAACUAGCGAAGAAAGACAAACAAGUUAGAAGCGAGCAAUUCGUUGACAACGAGAAGCAAAUGACAAAGCUAGAACUUCCAGAAUAUCAACCAUAAUCAAUCUAUUCCCAAUGGACUAUACAAUGAUCACAAAAACCACCAUGUCCUUUUAUUAACUAAAGCACGGCUUUUGUAUUGCUUAGUGGAGUUUAUGUAUAUUCUGUCUGAUAGUAUUUUUGAAAAUGAAAGGGUUUAAUGUCAGCUUUUUGUGUAAAUUAUUUUGGUAAUCUAAAUCAAAAUUUAAAAAAAAUACGUGUGUAUCAUGUAUCAUUAAUUGAAAAAGUUUUAAAAGUUUUUAAAUUUAAAUAGGAAAUGGCAUUUUAAAAUUAGAUAAUUACGUUUAGUAAUUAUGAAACUGUAAUCUUCCUGCAAAUUUUUGUAUGUUUUUACUUAAGAUAGAAUUAUAUUUUGUUGUUAGCUUUUCUUAUAUAUGUAACAUUGCUCACAGUGUAUUGAAAAUAUUUAAUCAACACCUGUGUAUGGUGAGAUCAUAUUUGAAGACAAUUAUUUGGUCCGUCAACACUUUAUUUUAUGAGGUCAUCCUAGUUUUGACCCCAAACUAAAACACGGUAAUAUAAUCAACUAGGAGAUAUAUUCCAUAUGCAAGGGUUGGUGGAAUGUUGCUUCAUAGAAAUGAAAAGUUAACAAUAGGGAAGCAGAAAUCCUUUCUUUUGUCGUAAAACGUUGUUCCCAUCUGACAUGCAUUGUCUAUAUUUAGAUGUAUAUUAAGACAUGAGGAAGACUCAACUUUAUCUGUUGUAUCUCUUAUUUCAAAUAAGAUGGGAUAACAUCUGGAAAACAUGUUUUUGAACUUUUUGAAUCGCACUUUUUGUUUUAAAUUAUAUUUUGGUCGUUUAUAAGUUUGUGCAUCUAUUAUUAUUAAAUAAUUAAUGUAAAUGGGUAUUUAGAAAUAAGGCGAUAUGGUAGGAUUUUAGUUGAUCAAGUAUCAUUCAGGAGCUGCUUAUUAGAUGUUGAUCAUGAUUGAUUUAAAAAGAAUCCGUUGACCGUUGAUCAAUUAUUUCUGCGGCAUGAUAAAUAAAACUCUGUGAUUUCGGAA